AUGGCAGACACUCCGAACGAAAAAGACCAGUCGCAGAAAGGAGGAGCGAAAGAUCAGUCGCAGAAAGGAGGAAACAUUCAAUAUGAAAGUGAUUCAUCCGGAGCUGGCAAGAGCAAAGGCAACGAUCCCGUGACAGAGGAACAAGGAGCCAGUGUGAUAGUUGUCAGUGCAGACAAAACAGGGUAUAAAUACGAUCAUCCUACCCCAAAGUAG